GGAAAAUCAUGUACAAUGGAUUUACGUGGCGCAUCGUUUAAGAUUAUGUUGAUAUUCUAUCCUUUUCUAACACAUUUGCAUAUCAGCAACUUGCGCUCAGUACAUCACGAUAUAAAAUGCAGGCACAUGAUGUCGCGACUCACUAUGAAUGGGAAAGUCAUAGAAGAUGGUCGAGCUUACGAAGUGUACACUUCUCAAAAAGAAAUAGAAAAAAUUCAGAAAAAACUCAACGAUAAAGUGUUAGUGAAUUCGAUAGCAAAAAAGUUGGAGAAUGGUAAUACAUCAGCGCAGCCGAUUUUGAUUGAUACUGCAUCGUUCAAUCGGGAGGAACUGCAGGAAUACAUUGCCAUCUCCGAGAAAAUCGAGCGCCUCAUGCAGUUAAACAAAUCUUGUCAAUGGCUCAAUAAUCCAACGCCACUGAAAGCCAUUAUGACUCAAGAGGAGCUUUUUGAGUGCCCAUUUGAUAACGACCAUUUUUAUAUGGCGCUUGAGGACGCGAAUUUAUUUGGUCCACGCCAAAUUACUGAUCUGGAUGCAUCAAAUAGCAGUGAGAAUGCGACGCAGUCUAACGACGAGAAUGUCAAUGCCGAUAUCGGACCAUCGCGCGGUGCUACUCCCACCAAAUUACCUUGUACGGACAGUGUAAUCACAAGUUUUAAAACACAAAUGUCAAACUCCUUGGGUUCACCGCCUCCACCGUAUCAGGAACUCGAUUCAGCCAAAUCAUGUUGCGAAAAAACAGAACCAGAGGUUCCGACAAGAAGCACCGAAGAACUGCGAAAAAAAAAUGAACAGUGUAUGGUUGCAAAGGAGAAGCCACAAGAAAAGGCACAUGAAUCCAAAGAUCAACGUAAGUCUGACCCACCAGUACCGCCAACGACAACGUCAAAAAGCAAGCAAUCACCAAAUCUUCCACGCAAACCAAAUGUUAAGCAAUUGGUGCAACUGUUCGACUCAAAAAUAUCCCAAUUGAUGUGUCAUGACUCGACCGAGAAAAAAUAUUCUAAAUCGUCGAUUGCAAAACCUGCCUUGAUAAAGCCCCAGCAAGUUGAAGAGUUGUAUAUUAGCAAGCUGACUGUUGUAUUCAAGCCGACUCCAAAACGGGGUGGUUGUUUACCUAAGCAACGUAUUCCUCCACGACCGCUGCUACGUAAAUUGCGAAAGCGCUGCCAUGACACAGUAACCUCGAUGUCUUUCGAUACGUAUGGACCACCAAAGAAAAUACAUCGCACUUGGAUCGAAGACUUCCAGCCAAAGGCGAUCAUUCGGAAUUUGCAGAUUGGUUUGUUCUGCGAUUGGAUCAUAGAGAAAUAUGUUCUCAGUUUUGAUAUCACCACCGUAGAAAACAGCGAGGAUUCUUUCACAAAUGCUGACGAAGCAAACACCGCGAAAUGUUUAGUCAAAUUGAAAUUGAAGCCACCCGAAAAUGAGCUUCAGAAAUCGCACGAUCACAAUUCGGCCGCCUUGAGCGAACAUCAGUUGCGUGUGCAGGCCUCGCUGCAGCGUCUCAAUAUCCCCGACUGGUUCCGACAAUACAAUCAGAACACAUCACGUUCGCCGGAAGGCAAUACGACUGCUUACAAACCGGGUAAUUUCACACGCAAACGCACCACAGAGUCUGGCCGUUGGGCGGGACUCAACUCGAAAACUACAUCACUUAGCUCACUUGGCUCACAGCGUUCCGAUCGCAGUCCACUAUUGCUCAGUCCCUCGGCGCAUAGUCAUCAUGGUGGACAGGUGGUACAACAGCCUGGUGCCACCACCACGAGCGCUUACGGCACAGGCGGUGGUGCAGGCGCAUUUUCACGUUGGUCCACCUCGCAUUUGAAUUCGUCACAAACAUCACCCAGCGUGUCGCAACGUGGCUCCUUCACACGUGGCGGUCCAAUCAACUCCAGUUUCAUAUCGGUGGCUAGCGGACAAAGUAGUGUGAUAAGAAGUUCCUACCGGCAGCCAUAUUUGGGUUGGCGCAGUACGGAGAAGUUGUCACAGCGCACUCCCCAUGAACGCUUGGCUUCGUCACUAAUCGCGCAACAACAACGCACAUCGCCCACACAAAGAAAUGCUAGCGGCGCCGCGAACGGUGACAAUGGCAAAUUGCUGCCAGUUACACCGGAAAUACAGAGCUCCAUUAAGGAGGUCACUUCGGCGAUUGUGCAUUAUGUGAACGAUCAGACGCAACAACAACAGCGCAGUAGAUCGGCGAGUCCCAACUCGAGAAAAUGUUGGCUUGAAUCCUCAUUUGUUGGCAUACGCCCACUGGACUCACCACAAACACCGGUCAUCGAGAAUACAGCAACAGCAUUUAGUAGCGCUACCAACACCAACAACAGCGUCAGCAGCAGCCAGUACAACAACUACAAUUAUAAUUACAAUUACAAUACGAAUAAUUCAUCAUCAAAUACAUUAACGGCAAUAACAACACCAAAUAGUGUUGGUGGCAUUGGCAUCACCACAGCGAUCACCACAAAUCCACAUGUGUUACGCAUGAACGGUCUUAGUAUCGUUGGCGGUGCGCCAGAACGCUCGUUGAGCACCGCAUCGCUAGAAGAUGUCUUAGCCUCACUAUUAGGACUGCCAUCGUCGUCAGCGUCAAGUGGUGGAGUGCAGGGCGUGAACGUGGGCGCUGGUGCGGGUGCAGGUGUAGGCGCUAGCGUCGGCGUCGGCGUCAACGUCAACGCGGGGCCAUCCUCCACAAGUGAACCGUACGCUAGGUCCACGACGACAGGCGAUUCAGCUAGUCAGUCUCUGGUCACUUUCCGUCAUAUGCCACAGCAGCUACAGCAGCCACAAAACCCCCAGUCCCAGUUACAACUACAACAAUCCCAACAGCAACUCUUAGCGCAACUACAGGCCGAGCAGCAGCGCUUGCGUCGACGCAGUGAGGGCGAUGCACCGCAACAACAAAAACAACAACAACCAUCACUCCACAACCAAAAUGCCAAAACCAACUCGUCAGUCAGCAACACCAUCGGUCUACCGACGCACACCAACGCUGGCAACUACCCAGCCGACGGCAACGCGACCGUUAUCGGUGGAGGCGGAACUGGAAGUGGCAGCUGUGUCAUCGGCACCGGGAACGCCACUUUGUCGACGCGCCGUGUCUCGCUCGGCGACAGUUCCGAGUCCAAUAACAAGACCACAUCCGAGUUGCAGAUCAAGUGCCGCAACACCAAGUGCGAUCGUAGCGCCACGCCCGCGGACGCCAAAAAGUAUUACAAGUCAUGCCACAAUUGUACCCAUUUAUAUUGUUCGCGUGAAUGUCGACGCGCCCAUUGGGAGAAACACCGCAAGGCAUGUCUGCACUCACGUGCGUCGAAUUUGUGCCGCCAAGUGUUAGCCACCUGCAAGGAUGAUGUCGACUCGCAACGCCAUCUCAGUUUAUUGGCACGCAAAGGCUUUCUGUCACAGGGUCGCGGUGUUGUGCGGGUGCUCUUCCGUUCCGCCGAGGCGGCUGAGAGUUUCAUCAAGCACGGCUUUCAGUGUAUGGGCGAGGCGUCCUAUGUGCGUUGGCCCGAUCUGAUGCCCGCCGAAAUGGGUCUCGAGCUGUACUCGGAAUUGCUUAAGCUGAGCACCGAAUACAAGCCUGACUCGAAGAUGCUCAUCUAUGUGGCCAUAUGUGUGGUCAGCGAAGCGCCGGGCAUGGGACAGGCGCCAGUACGCUGGGAACGCCAGCUGGUCUCGCGUUGUGCCAAACUGAAACUCUGCAAGAGCAUCCUAGCCGAGCUGGAACAACAGCUACAGGCCCUCCAACAACAGCAACCACAGCCACCGUUAACUGUGGUGGCUGUGCCAGAACCCACCACCGAGAUACUCAUACUCACAUUCAAUCCCAGCUUACGUUCCAAUGCCAAUCAAGGCGAACUAAUACUCUCAAAUAUAUUGGAUAUAUUGUCAAGACGUGGCGUACUAUUACGCAAACAUUACCCAGAGAUUUAUCAGCGCCUACAAACCUACACCGAUGGACAAACAGAGAAAUUCAAUCCGGUAACACUACAUCCGCGUGACUCACAAACAGGCAAGAGCUUCGUCUGCAUUAUUAUGCCAGUAUAUUCGUCCGACAGCGACGUUAUCAAGUUGCCAUCUGCGUCGGAUGGCGGCAACCGAGUGACCACCAUUGAUGUUGGCUCACCAGCAGCUUUGGCACAACUUGAUGACGACGAGCUGCUUACCCGAUCUACGAGUUGAUUUUUAAAAAGCAAUGGUCGAGGCAGUACAAAGAAACGCUCAUCAUCGGCGGGCGCUGCCAAUUCCACGGCGUCGGAUUUGUUAUUAUUGACAGCAACAGCGGAUGGUGCCGCCGGCUCUUUAACGUUGGAGAGCACGCGUAUGUAGAAUGUGGAUGUGGGUGUGGGUGCGGAUGUGGAUGAGACUGGAACUAGUUUGCGGUCGUAUCGGAUCUAAGUAUGCAGCUUGUAUAGUAAUUAAGAAAGUUUAUUGUAAUACUUAUAACUACAUACAUACACAUACAUACGUAUAUAUAGUCUUAUAAUCAAUCUCUCUUAUAGCCUGAAAUACGCAUACAAAGAUGCUUCCCUUUUCGCUACACUUGAAGAAAAGCGUAUUCGCAUGCAUACAAAUACAUAUUUAGACACAACAAACAUGCAACAACAUAACAACUUGUGUCGUACAUACACAAAUACAUUGAAGCUCUAUUAGAAAUUUAGAAACAAUUCUUCCAUAUUUCUCUCAUAUCAUUCCAUUUUCAAGGACUCGAAUACUAUUUGUUACAUCUUCAUAAUAACAUACCAAAUUAUGUAUGUAUGUAAAGCGCAUACACAUGCAAGUACAAUAUGACUCCUUCAUACUUAUAUUUAGCUAGAUAAUAUUUAAUUUAUGUGCUUUCUUAGUGUUAAAACUAUGUAUGUAAGUGAGGAAUUAAUGGCGAUUAUAAGGCAAUACAAAUUUGGAUCAAAAAUAACCGUACAUACACAGUUACAUAUGUACAUGCAUACGGACAUUGUAAAAUCAAAAAUAUUAACAGAAUUAGAGGAAAGAAAUUAGAAAAAUUUUCCAGAAAUCUAUUGAGGCAAGUUGCAGUAUUUCAGGCCUUCGAUGGACGCUAGAAUUGUUGAAGAAUGAUGAGGUUUCCAAGAGAGAAAAUGAGUGAAAUGUUUGAAAAUUCCAAAGAAUUUCAGUUUAAGAAGACAACAGCGACCCACAAGAUGUUCAAACCAUUCAACUCGGCCUGGGAGCCACUUAAAAUGAAGCAUCUGUAUGCAUUUAUUUUGUCUGGAUCGCCGAGAACGAAGUGAAAAUAUCAUCGCUAGUUUAUGAGGUUAUCAAAUAAAACUUCUAUAAACUUCAAGAAAUGCUUACAGUUGAAUAGCCCCUUUUAAUCGCCAACAAUAUGACUCCUUAAAACUGUAGGCUUAAAACUGUAGGUCCCGCCAUUUGUGGAACAAGAGUAAGACGCACACCACAAAUAGGAAAAGCAGCUCGGCCAAGCACCUAACAGAACGCGCCAAUUAUUUAUCAUAUUAUUUAUUUAUUUUCAUAUCCGAAAUAAGAAUACUAAGCAUUCAAAAGAGUUAAAAUAUGUUGCACCAACAUAACAAAAAACACCGAUAUCUCCCUUUCCUUAAUAUACCUUUCGAUAAUGUCUUUGCGAAUAACAGGAAGUUAUAUAAUGGCUUAUAAUUUCUUCAUGUUAUGCACAAUCGAGUUGUAUUCUAAGCUUCAGCUAAACAAAUUUCUUCAGGUGACCAUUGUCUGGUAGACAAUGUGAAACUCAGAAAAAGUUUGCUCCCCUAUACUCGUAAGAAUCGUCAUAAAUAGCGUCACAAUACUACCUGAGUCUUGCCGAGAUGUCAGUUUCAAGCAUUUUGUUCUACCUUUUGCAUUAGCGCAAGCGUUCUGUUGAAAGUAGACUAUGAAAUUUAGUAUGCGGUUUACAACGACCGAUGCCACAGUACCAACCAAGAUUCAAGAAAGCGUUUUGAAAAAUACAAUUUUUUUUAUUGUCAUAAUCAUACGUUCGCGUCAUGUCAAAUAUAAAAAUAAAUCAUAUUUUCGCGCCAAUUAAGACCCUCGAAUUCACAUAAUAUGCAAACCCAUAUGCCUCAGUCACUCUAGCCCUUACAGUGUAUACCGCCAUAAACGCUUACGUUGUUACAGUACUCCUACAACUAUUUUUAAUCAAUCGUAUGGACUUCGGAUGAUUGUGCUUAAAAGUUUCGCAUGCUUGCCCGAAAACAAGGUUAAGCUUAUCAAGUUUUUAGAAAUAAGAAAACUCUAUACAAGUAUAGCAAAACUGUUCUUGCUUUUGUUCGUGAAAGGUGAGAACUUUUGCCCUUGAAAAUAAAGGCAGAAUUGCUUACUGGACCUCCUCUACACACAAACAUAAGCUUGUGCUCUUUGGGUGAACAGAUGGAUCGGCACUAUAGGAGUUGGAUGAAAAUGGGUAAGAGGGCUUCUGUUCUGGUACAACUCAUUAACUCUGCUAAACGAAUAUCAUUUGAAGUCUCGGGUCAUUCAGCGAAUGAAUGCAGUUUAAUGACCGAUGGCUGGAUAUUGAAAGUAUUUUUACUUACAUAACACAUCAUCUUUUAAGGAAAAUUCCUUAGCGGCGAGCAUUUUUUUAGCUCUAUGAAUAGCCAGUAGUCGCUGAGAGCCAAAUCUACCGAAUACGGGGGAUGUGGUAGCAAUUCGAAGUUCGAUUCAUGUAGUUUUGCCAUAGUUUUAUUGACUUGUGACGUUCUUCUUUUUGGCAAACAGUAAGCAAACGCAAAUUAAGAAAUAGUUUUUUCUAAUAGCGGUCGCCCCUCGGCAGGCAAUGGCAAACCUCCGAGUGUAUUUCUGCCAUGAAAAAGCUCCUCAUAAAAAAAUAUCUGCCGUUCGGAAUCGGCUUGAAACUGUAGAUCUCUCCAUUUGUGGAACAACAUCAAGACACACACCACAAAUAAGAGGAGGAACUCGGCCAAACACCCAAAAAGGGCGUACGCGUAAGCAAACGCCGAACCCACUUUGAACAGAGCUUUCUCAUAGUCAAAUGCUUAUGCAAUAUAAAGUCAAUGCGUUCUUUUGAUAUCUUUACGAUGUCAGCUAACUCACGCAACUUCACUUUUUGAUCAUUGAAUACGAUUUUGUGGAUUUUUUGCAUGCUUUGCUCUAUUUUUCUCAUGGAAAUUUGCUAGAUGAAAAAUGUGUUAAUUUUAAAUCACAAUUUUCCUCCGAGUGACAAAUAGUAAAUGUGGCCGUCGAAUGACUUUGUGCUCGACUACCAUGCGAUAGAGCUGCUGUUAGAAGCCCACUGUGGGCUUGAAACCCCAAACGAUAGAAAAGAUUUAUGUAGAGCGGAAAGCAAUGGCAAAGCUCCAAGGGUUCCAAAGCUCAAUUUGCCGUUCGGAGGUGCCAUAAAACUGUUGUAGGUCCUCUCAUUUGCAAAUGACAACAAGACGCGCACUAUCAAUAGAAGGAGGCGCUCGAGGUAAGCGCCAAUUAUAUGCAUAUACACAUUUCUAUAUAAUUUAUUGCCCAGUUAAGAAUAAUUGUGGAAAAAACAAAAGGGAUAAGAUUCCACGUGCCGCAAACUUAUUUCGUGUAAGCAAUAAUGGUCUGAAAAAUUAUUCAAAAUAGUGGCGGAUUUAUUGACUACUGAUGAAAGAAAUAAGCAAGACAACAAAGCGGCCAGGAAAAAGCUUACUAAAAUCCUUUUUUGUUUACAGGCGCCUGAUGCACUUAUUAUUUUGUCCAGCUCCUUUGCGUACUUUUUAAGAUGCAAUACGUUUUCGGUCCUUCAUUCCUUCAUUUUUUGUCGUACUUUAAAUAAAAGUGAAUUUGCUAGUCAUUGAAAAAUAUAAGUCUGCAUUUACUUUAUUUUUUUUACCAUGGAAAUGAAUUCAAGCCGUUCUAAGAGGCGAACUUUCCAAUGCAGAAGCAAUGAACUCAGGUGAGAGGCGCUCACCUUAGCUUUCAAUUUCACUCAAGGCUUUUGGAAAUCUCGACUCGAACAAGGCGAUAAUUAGAAAUGUAAUUAGGACGCUUAACGCUAAAUAAAGAAUAAUAAUAAUAGUAAUGAACAAAUUAAGCAGGAGUACUGAGGAGUUGUUGACAGAUGCCUAAGCUUACAAUGUGACGUUUCUGAGUUGUCAUAAUUGACACACAUUUGACGCUGUUAAAAUUAUAUCAGGCAGCUUCCAAUGAAUCGAAAACACUAUUAAAGGAUAAUUAAACUAGGUGUAAAAGAAGAGAGGACUAGGAUGGAGAAAUCAUAUAGAAUAAAAUGUUUAAUCAAAAUGUAGGUAAUUGGAAGAAUUGAAAUAAUGAAAAUCGCGUGUUUUUUUUUUUUAAUAACCUAAUAGAUGCAUAGAAUUGUGUACAGAGAGGCGCUUACACCAAAUAAGUUCCACGGAAAAAUGUAAUUCAUAAAAUUCACUGUAAAAUAUAAGUUAAAAAACAAAUGCUUUGAAAAUCGUUGCAAACAAAAGCUUAGUCUGUAAUCAAACAAUUCUAACAAUUCGCAGCUAAAGUAGCGGAAACUAAACAAUUCACUGGGAGCUUACAGAUAUUUUUAUGUUGUGUAGCAAUUAAAAUAUUAUAUAAUGCUUUAACUAAAAUCAUACUCAUGCUUUCCCUAUCACGUCUACUAACUAACAAAUAAGCUGGUAUUAAAAGAACAAAAAAAAAUAUUUGAAAAAAAAACUUAUUUAAUACAACUCUUAGAUAUUUACGUAUUUUUAAGCAGCUAAUGGCCUUCUUUCGUGAAUUCGUUUCAGCCACAUGCACACACACUGCACACACACACACUUGCAUACAUCCAACCAUAA